GACUGGAAGGGAGCCCUGGAGGCCUUCAGCUCAGUCCAGGACCCCCACUCGCGGAUUUGCUUCAACAUGGGUUGUAUGCACAGCAUCCUGGAGAACAUGCCUGAGGCCGAGAAGAGCAAAAAACUGAGGUUUGGAGAUAGGUAACUUGCCACAUGCUAUGGAAGGAGGAAGUGGUACCUCAGAGUGUCCUGAUGCAGGGGGCCUGUGCCCCACGCCUCCGGCCUGUGACCUUGAAGAGCUGCAUGGUUCCUGCACCCCUCCUUGACUCUCCUUUGGGCUCAUCUCACACCUCCUCUCCAACUCACUCAUGGCCACGUAUGGGUCCUCCUCUCCGCAGGCCUUCACCCAAAGCAUUAACCGAGACAAGCACUUGGCAGUGGCUUACUUCCAGCGAGGGAUGCUGUACUACAGGAUGGAGAAAUAUGACUUAGCUAUCAAAGAUCUUAAAGAGGCCUUGACUCAGCUUCGGGGGAACCAGCUGAUUGACUACAAGAUCCUAGGGCUGCAGUUCAAGCUGUUUGCCUGCGAGGUGUUAUAUAACAUUGCUUUGAUGUACGCCAAGAAGGAGGAAUGGAAAAAGGCUGAAGAGCAGUUAGCACUGGCAACAAAGAUGCAGUCCGAGCCCAGGCACUCCAAAAUUGACAAGGCCAUGGAAAGUGUCUGGAAACAGAAACUGUACGAGCCAGUCAUGAUCCCUGUGGGCAGGCUGUUCCGACCAAAUGAGAGACAAGUGGCUCAGCUGGUCAAGAAAGAUUACCUGGGCAAGGCCACGGUUGUGGCAUCUGUGGUAGACCAGGACAAUUUCUCUGGAUUUGCCCCUCUGCAGCCACAGGCAGCUGAGCCUCCACCCAGACCCAAAACCCCAGAGAUCUUCAGGGCCCUGGAAGGGGAGGCUCACCGUGUGCUGUUUGGGUUUACACCUGAGACACCAGAGGAGCUCCAGGUCAUGCCUGGGAACAUCGUCUUUGUGUUGAAGAAGGGCAAUGAUAACUGGGCCACAGUCAUGUUCAACGGGCAGAAAGGGCUGGUUCCCUGCAACUACCUUGAACCAGUUGAGCUGCGGAUUCAUCCUCAGCUGCAGCCCCAGGAGGAAACCUCCCCAGAGUCUGACAUCCCACCUCCUCCCAGUUCCAGCGCCCCAGGAAGACCCCAGUUGUCACCAGGUCAGAAACAAAAACAAGAGCCCAAGGAAGUGAAGCUCAGUGUUCCCAUGCCCUACACACUCAAGGUGCACUACAAGUUCACGGUGGUCAUGGAGACUCAGCUCAGGCUCCCCUACAGCCAGGUCCGGGACAUGGUGUCUAAGAAACUACAGCUGCUGCCAGAACACACUAAGCUGAGUUAUCGGCCUCGGGACAGCAAUGAGCUGGUGCCCCUUUCAGAAGCAAGCAUGGAGGAUGCCUGGAGCUUAGUGAAAAACUACUGCCUGACUCUCUGGUGUGAGAACACAGUGGGUGACCAAGGCUUUUUAGAUGAACCCAAGAAAAAUGAAAAAUCUGAUGCAAAUAACCAGUCAAUAGAAUGUCAACUUAAGGAAGGGAGCCAAGUAGUAGCACUCUUUAGCUAUGAGGCCACCCAACCAGAGGACCUGGAGUUUCUAGAAGGAGAUGUGAUCCUGGUGCUAUCAAAGGUGAAUGAAGACUGGCUGGAAGGAGAGUGUAAAGGGAAAGUUGGCAUUUUCCCUAAAGCUUUUGUUGAAGAAUGUGCAGCCAGGGGUUUGGAAAGCACUCCCAGAAGAGUCUAGGAUGGCUCACGGUUUACAAAGCUGAAGAAAGAGAAGCUCUACUAUUUGACUGCAAGAUUUCCCAUACCUCUGCUCUACAUUAUACCAAGACAUUACAGUUGGAGAAUGUUAACCUAGCUUUCCUUGUUAAAAUUUAACCUACUUAGAUAAUCCUAACUCAGGAUGCAGAUUUCCUGUUGCACAGAGAAGUCUAGAUGAGGCAUGGGUCUUCUAGGGUGUUGACAAUCGGUGUUUUGCUGAUAGUGGCUACCUAAAUGUGCUCACGUUGUGAAAAUCCACUGAGCUGCACACUUAACAACUGGCCCAACUCUCUGUAUGGGGGAAAAAACUAAAGGCUCAAGAGCUAAGUGGAAACAUUCCUGUUCCUAUACCAUUAAUAUUCUGGACUCCUGAGAGUAAGGAGACCCAGGUGACUCAGAAGGCCGGAAGGCAUAGAUAGACAAAAUUAACUUUUUUUUUUUUAAACCAAGUUUCAUUGCUCAGAACCCAGAUUGAGUUAGGUUCCCAUAGAAUACAAUAGUCAAUUCCACAGAGAAUUAAAAUGCUAGAAUUACAUCCCUUUCUGUCUUCUCAAGAGAGUAACAUUCAUUAAGAGUUCAAUACAGAAUAUAUGCCACUGACACUUAAGUAAUGAAGAACUGGUUAGUGGUAUUCUUACUUUACAUUUUAUAAAAAUUACUGUAAUGAUACACAUAACAGAAUGUUGCAGUUUUAUUUUGACUACCAAUACCAUUCAGGGUUAACGGGUGAAGGAUUCCAUAAGGACUAGAUCUUUUGACAUCACCUUAAUUGUCCUCUGCCCCUUCUUUUAGAGUAUGUACACCUUUGCUAACAAUUUUUCAAGUGUGUAGGUAUGUGUGUGAAAAGCAGUUAGGAAGUAAUCUAUACACUGAAUCAACACCUAGGUGAAAGGAGUGAGCCAGUGUAAUUAACACUGUCAGUAUACUGUGGAAAGCCCAGCAAGCUGCCACUGAAGUUUUGGAAAAACUGAAAGAGAAGCUAUCCCAAGGCUAGAAACAGUAAUUACUGUUGGUAUUAGUUAGAUUUAGUGAAUUUUAUAGGCCAAAAGGAUACACGAUUUCUGAACUGCCUUAAUAACAGCUAUAAUAGGUAUAAAAAUGGUGGGCUAUUAUUACCUCCUUUACAAAAGUCAUUUUUUUCCUUAUUAAAUAAAAUAAUUUUGAUAAUUUCUUUCUACCUAUUCUUUUCCACAAUAAUUCAUUGGUUUAGAAUGCUAUGGAAGGCAAUAAUAACCCUGAAACAUACCCAAAUUCUAACCAUCUUUGUUUUUC